UACAGGUAUACAGAUGCUGCAGCUUUCCUGUUGAGAUGGGGCUUAGCAGCUGAUAAGUGCAAUGCUACCCAUAGCCAGUGCAAGGCAUAUCUUAGUGCAAUUCUCAUAUACCUGUAUAUCCAUGACGUCAAGCAGGCAGAAAAAUGCUACAAUGAUUGCUCCCAGGUCGAUGCUUUUUUGGGCAAUGAUCAUGGCCGAUGUGCUAGUAAACUUCUUUCCGCAUACACAGAAGGUGAUAUUGAAGAAAUCAAACGACUUACUAAGUCAAGUGCAGUUUCUCAUCUUGAUCACAUGGUCAUCAGACUCGCCAGGAAACUGCCUACAGGUGAUGUCAGUGGACUAAAGACAAAUGUGUCUAAGGAGCAAGAAGAAGAAUUGGAUGAAGAUGACCUUACAUAG